UUAGUCGUGGCUUUUUCAGUGUGUGCAAGCACACACAUAGAAGUUUACAAUCCGCAGACCUUCUUCCUUCACGUAGCAUUGCGCGAUCAGAGUUUCCUCCAUUGUCGACGAUUCCCCAUUGCUGCCUCCCGCCAUUACCCUACUGUUCAUCGGCUGAUGCGACUUAUCCCCGUCAUUUAGCGAAAGCCUUGCGACUUCCUUUCCUGGUCGAAACCAGAAUAUGCGGUAUUUUAUCCCCCACUAAACG